GUUGAAUACUCGUUAAGACUGUCGGUUGUCUCCGUAAUAGUGACAAAUAGUGUUUGUUUUUAUUUAUUUUAAUUAUUAUAUCAAAUAAAUAUACUUUGCAAAUAUGAAAAUGUUGAUAUUUUUAAAUAUGACAUUCUUGAUAUCAUAAUAAAAUUUAAAUGUCAGAUUAAAUUCCAGAAGAUUUACGAUUAUAUAAGAAGAUAAAUAAAUAAAUAAUUAAAUGAUAUCCAAAAUUAAAAUAUCAUAUAAAAGUUUAUUUUUUAAAGCCAACUGCAUACUCGAAAAUGGAAGAACCUUCAAGUAACUUUUACUGUUGAUUAGAUUUACAUAUAAUAUAUUAGAAUUUACAUGAAAGAAAGUUAAGAUGAAAUUCAUCAGGAUGUUAAAGAAUAAAUUAUUUAUAAUUGUCAUUUUACUGCCUUACGUGUUACCGCAAAAUUGGCAAUUUGUAGAAACAAUAAGAAAAUUAUUCAUAAGCGGAAGGAGCGAAAUCGAUUAUAUUGGGAUCAGUUAUCCAAUUUUGAGAGAUGGCGUUCGAAGACAACGAAGUAUUUCAAAAGCUGUACCUUUUCCAUGUGAUACUAGUAUAGGAAGAUCAUCAAUACCACCUGACAAUGUCCAUAGGUUGCGGCCGGGUGAUAUUGAUGUAAUUGGUGGAUUGGGUGAUUCAUUAGUUGCGGCUAGUGGCGCAUUAGAAGAAUUUGCUAUUGGUACAUUCAUUGAAGCACGAGGUGUUAGUUGGUGUGCUGGUGGUCAAGAUAGCUGGCGAAAAUAUUUAACGCUACCAAAUUUAAUUAAAGAAUUCAAUAAAAAUUUAACGGGAUACGCGAUCGGAACUGGUGAGUUUAUUUCAUCAAAAGCGAAAUUAAAUGUCGCGUUUCCGGUCGCAGCCACUGAGGAUGCUUUACAUCAAGCAAAGAUACUAGUAAAGAGAAUAAAAAGUAAUCGUAAAAUAGACAUUAAGAAACAUUGGAAGCUCAUAACAAUAUUCUUUGGGGCGAAUGAUAUCUGCUCAGGACAAUGCUACAAUCCCAAAGAAUUUUCAUCAGCAAAGUACUCAUGGCAUUUAAGAAGAGCUUUAGACUAUUUAAAAUUACAUUUACCUAGAACUUUAGUCAACUUGGUGCCAACAAUAGAUGUAACUGUAUCAGUCAGAGUAGCACGGAGUACUAUGUGUAAUUUGUUACAUCCAUUAUAUUGUGCCUGCCUUCAUCAAGGUAAACGACCAGAUAUUAAAGCAUCAAAAAUGGCUCGGCAGUACCAGCAAACAGUAAAUACUUUGAUUUCAUCUGGAAGGUACGAUAGAUCGCCAGAUUUUACAGUUGUUCUGCAGCCAUUCAUCGAGUAUUUUAAUGCACCAAAUGCUGAUCCUGUUAAUGCUCCGCCAUUUCACUCACAUAUGAUCACAUAUGAUUGCUUCCAUUUUAGUCAAAAAGGCCAUGCUUUAGUUGCUAAUAUGUUGUGGAACAAUAUGUUUCAACCAGUCGGAAACAAAAGUCACGAUCGUAUGCCACGAGUAAUGGAAGAAGUUCUGUGCCCUACUAAUAAAAAUCCUUAUAUUUUCACAAAUGUUAAUUCAAAACGUUAUUAUAAAACCGGAAGUCAAGAUGGAUACGAUCUUAAUGACUAAAUUAGUCGACUUCAAUGACCAUUUUGUUAUUAAAUUGAUAAGAAACGCAAUAGUUUUCGACAAGAAAUAUGUGGGGUCGAAUAAUUGUUGGGAAAAUUGAUCACUUUGAUCUACUCCCUGCUUAAAAAAUCCGAUACUUAUAGCUGUGUGUAUAAGACUCUAUACUUAACUAUUGCACUUCUCAUAGAAGUCAUUCAUUCUUAUAAAAUCUUUAUGGGAAUUUAUGAGAAUCCAUUGGAUCCUAUGAGAUUUUCUAAACAGAGCUUCGGCAACAGAAGCUGAUUAAUAAUCAAGAAUUAGAUCUAGUUAAAUUUUGAGAGCAAUCAAACUAGUAUUUUAUGAAAGAUUUUGUUGCGACACGUGGUUGGAUUACGAGUUAAUAUAAAUAGAUAAAUAUAUAUUUAAUUUAUGUGAACAUACGAUACGAUUAUGAAUUUAAAAAACCGCGAACAUCAAAUGAUUAUUUUUAAGCAUGUAUUUGUUUUAUGAAUGAAGUAUUAAAUUUGUUGAUAAUUUUAAAUUUUACUGUAGAUAAAUAAUGUUAUAUAUUAUUGACAAAAAUAAAAGUAUA